AUGAAGGGCUUUCAGUAUCGAUGGGUCGUUGUGGAAUCGACUAAUGGUGUGUUGGAAUACUAUGAGAGAGAGGAGCAUAAGAAAUUUCAAAAACCCCGUAGCUCUGUUAGUCUUGUGUUUGCUACGGUUUGUCCCUCAGACGAAGACUCACAAACCUUCAUUGUAAAUACAUCUCAAGGCGAGAAUCUCCGUUUCAAGGGUGAGUUGCCGAAACUAAUCUUACGUCGUUCUUUUCAAGGUGUCGCCCCACUCUCUGUUGGCCUUGCAGGUCUGCCAUCACCUGUGCAGCGACCGUCUCUUCUGCCCGUGAAGGAGGCUCGACCGGUAAUGUUGAACUCCUCCAAUUCGGGUAGGUAUCUCGCCCCUUUGCUCUCUCACCCUCUGUUUAAAUUACCCUGUGAUUCACAUACAAGAACUCGAGGUUAUGGCGUCGAUGCUAGUUGUAAUUCGCGUAAACGUGGGGUGAACGUAGCUAGGCUUGAACACAAGCACACUAUCUUCAACAAAUCCGAGUAUUUAAAGUCUACCAGUCGUUCCGAAGCCACCGCUCUAUCAGCAGUAGAACUGGACGCAGUGCUGAUAGAAAAUUUGCCUUGGAUGCCCCUUCUCCUUAUUCGUAUGCUUCUUCCAUUCGCGAGUUCUCUUAGCUCCGAAGUCAAUCUCAACGCCAACGAUGCACCAGCUCUGGUGGAUCCCUACCAUCAGCUAAAUGAACUCUUCCGGCUACUUGAACGUGAGGGCAAUCUCCUGGGUCGAGAUAUUGACGACUUGUACAAUCAACCGACUGUAGCCUUCGCCAACAGAAGUCCUGAAGUCACCGAACUUUACCGGAAUCUUCUCAUAAUAAAGGCAACAAGCCAGGCUUCAAUCAAGUCUCUAAAGCAAUGCCUUGGUGGGCUCCAACGCGACAAUAGCAAUGUUUCUCUCGAUGUGGGUCUCCUUUAG